AUGACUGGAUCCUCACAAGAAGUUCCGAAUCCCUCUGAAGACGCAGGGACUCGAUCGAUAGCAGAUGAGGCGUUGAAGAAGGCUGAAGCGAGAAAUGCUAUAGAAGAUGUAACAGGCACCAAGAGACAACGUGCAGAAGAGGAAGAUAAGGAAGGUAGCUCUAGUAGUGCGCCAUCUAGUAACCGUGUUGAAGUGACCAAAAAUCAGGGUGAAGGGGGCUACAGGGGAAAAGGAUUGAAAAGACUUGAUCGCCCAAACACCACGCUGACAGUGAGCCUAGGCAAGAUUUUCCACGAGAACAAAGGAAAAAGAAUCUUUCGUGCACCGGCCCCAAUUCGAACACUGCUAAAGAAGCGAGACAGGAACAAGAUGUGCAUUCAUCAUAACGACUUUGGUCAUGCCACUAAUGAUUGUCGAAGCCUAAGGAACCAAGUGGAAGCUAUGCUAAAGAAUGGGAUGUUGUCACAAUACCGCGUAGAAUCGAGAGACGAAUGCAAGAACAACGUAGGACUUCAAGCAGUAACAGGAAACAUUGGAGUGGAUGAGAGGUUGUUGGAUAUCAAUGUCAUACAUGGUAGACCCCAACCCCCUGAGGGACGUGAAGCACGUUAUCGGUCGCAAAGAUGGGAGGCCGAGAAGUCUAGACGCGUACACAAUAUAACGUCCACCCCUGAAGCCUCUAAAGCAUUAGAAAAUCUCGGAGUCAUCUCCUUUAGCCAAAAAGACCUCGAAGGAAUUCAAUUCCCUUAUAAUGAUGCAUUGGUCGUGACGCUACGUGUUGCCAAUUCAAGAGUGAAAAGGAUAAUGAUAGAUAGAGGAAGCAACACAGAUGUACUAUUUUGGAGCACAUUUAGAAGAAUGAAAUUAAACGAGAAAGAGAUAAGGUCAAAUCCAACUCCUAUCUAUGCGUUUGAAGGAACUAAGGCCCAACCCAUUAAAGACGUAACCCUUCCUGUCACGGCAGCAGGUAAGACUCUUUUCGUCACUUUUGUCAUCAUCGAUGCACCAAGUGCAUAUAAUGCCAUUAUGUGA